CAUUUUUUUUUUCCAAUGCCAGUUCCCAGCCGGCAUAUAAAUAUUGGUCGUUCUCAGAGCUGGGAUGCUGCCGGGUGGUAUGAGGGCCCCUGGGAGAACGCCGAGGCCCUGCGGCCUCUGGGGAGGAGAAGCUCUCUGACAUAUGGCGCAGGAGAGGGGACUUGGUGUGAACUGCCAAACCUCCGCCCGCAGGACCCCGCCCUGCCCUGGGGCCCCGAGCCUUACCUGUACCGGGAAGCUGUUUAUAACUCAGUGGCCACAAGGAAGGGGUCUGAUCCCAACUUCACCUUCUACGACAGUGGACAGGCAGUGAUGUCUGGGCGCAGCCCCCUCCUGCCACGGGAUUACGACGGAGACCCGUCUGGAGCCACUAGGGUACCCAAAGAGCCUGUCUUCUAUCGGGACCAAGGAGUCAGCCGGCCUGUGCCCAGCUAUGGAGCGCUUGGCAACCGAAUGCCAUGGGAUCAAAUACAAGGUCAGGUACCUGCCCUGCAGGACACUGGUCACCUAUACCGGGAUCCUGGAGGUAAAAUGAUCUCUCAAGGGCAGCGGACCCAGAGCAGGGCCCCGUCUCCUGGGAGGUAUGGACGAGAACUGCCUGACACCAGGUAUGGGGCAGAGGCACCCGCCUACCCCACCAACCAGGUCUACAACGACAUUGGUGAAAGGCCAGUGGAUUCCGCUCCUGCCAGACAGAUGGCCCCCACAUGCCUGGUGGUGGACCCAGGCUCGGCUGCUGCCUCUGAGGGCAGCACCGGGGUGGCCUCAGGUGCCCUGAAUCGAGGCUAUGGGCCUGCCCGGGAAAGCCUCCACCCCAAGAUGGCUUAUGAUACUUAUGAAGACCAGCCUGCAUUCCAGAGUCCCAGUGGCAAGAGGAAUGUGUCCCCUGAGUUCCUGGCCUUCCUGCGGGCCGAGGGGGUGGCGGAAGCCACACUGGCAGCCCUGCUUCAGCAUGGCUUUGACUCCCUGGCUGUCCUGGCCACCCUGGAGGACACAGACAUCAAGUCUGUUGCACCCAACCUGGGCCAGGCCCGUGUUCUCAGUCGCCUGGCCAGUGGCUGCAGGACUGAGAUGCAGCUGCGGAGGCAGGACCGGGUGGGCCCCCUGCCCAGGACACGGUCCAGCAGCUUCAGCCACCGGGGAGAGCUGCUCCACAGUGACUUAGCUUCCCUGGGCACCACGGCCCUUCAGGCAGCAUCCCCCCAAGCUGGGGACCUCGCACGCCGCCCCUCCAGUGCACCAUCCCAGCACCACCUGGAGACAGCAGCUACCUACUCUGCCCCAGGGGUGGCUGCCCAGGCCUCAGCCCCCCGCUUCCCUUCUAACUCUGGGUACAGUUCUCCCACCCCGUGUGCCCUGACGGUACGGCUGGGUCCCACAUACUCCCCACAGGCUGGGGUGGCCUUGACUAACCCAGGUGCUUCGACCCCCCUUCACCCAGGCCCCAGAACAGCCUACUCCACUGCGUACACAGUGCCCAUGGAGCUGCUGAAGAGGCAGCGCAGCAUGACCGCCUCCCCCCUGCCCAGCCCCCAUGGCAGCCCCCAACUCCUGCAGAAGCCUGGUGUCCCCCUGGAGCCAUCUAGCCUGCCACCAGCCAGCCAGAGCCUCCACAUGCCUCACUCCCCGUACCAGAAGGUGGCCCGGCGCACGGGGGCUCCCAUCAUCGUGUCCACCAUGCUCACUCCGGAACCGAGUAUCCGCCCCCAGAUCAUGAACGGCCCCCUGCACCCCCGCCCCCUGGUGGCACUGCUGGAUGGUCGCGACUGCACAGUGGAGAUGCCGAUCCUGAAGGACCUGGCCACCGUGGCCUUCUGUGAUGCCCAGUCUACUCAGGAGAUCCACGAGAAGGUGUUAAACGAGGCUGUGGGCGCCAUGAUGUACCACACCAUCACCCUCACCAGGGAGGACCUGGAGAAGUUCAAGGCCCUGCGAGUGAUCGUGCGGAUAGGCAGUGGCUACGACAACGUGGACAUCAAGGCUGCCGGCGAGCUCGGGAUCGCUGUGUGCAACAUCCCAUCUGCAGCAGUGGAAGAGACGGCCGAUUCCACCAUCUGCCACAUUCUCAACCUGUACCGAAGAAACACAUGGCUGUACCAGGCGCUGCGGGAGGGCACGCGGGUACAGAGUGUGGAGCAGAUCCGAGAGGUGGCCUCGGGAGCAGCACGUAUCCGCGGGGAAACGCUGGGCCUCAUCGGCUUUGGUCGCACGGGGCAGGCGGUUGCUGUUCGAGCCAAGGCCUUUGGAUUCAGCGUCAUAUUCUAUGACCCCUACUUGCAGGAUGGGAUAGAGCGGUCCCUGGGCGUGCAGAGGGUCUACACCCUGCAGGACUUGCUGUAUCAGAGCGACUGCGUCUCCUUGCACUGCAAUCUCAAUGAACAUAACCACCACCUCAUCAAUGACUUUACUAUAAAGCAGAUGAGGCAAGGAGCAUUCCUCGUGAAUGCGGCCCGUGGCGGCCUGGUGGAUGAGAAAGCCUUAGCCCAGGCCCUCAAGGAGGGCAGGAUACGAGGGGCGGCCCUGGACGUGCACGAAUCGGAGCCCUUUAGCUUUGCUCAGGGUCCAUUGAAGGAUGCACCAAACCUCAUCUGUACUCCCCACACUGCCUGGUACAGUGAGCAGGCCUCACUGGAGAUGAGGGAAGCUGCUGCCACAGAGAUCCGCCGGGCAAUCACAGGUCGCAUCCCAGAAAGCUUACGAAACUGUGUGAACAAGGAAUUCUUUGUCACAUCAGCUCCUUGGUCAGUAAUAGACCAACAAGCAAUUCAUCCCGAGCUCAAUGGUGCCACAUACAGAUACCCACCAGGCAUCGUGGGCGUGGCUCCAGGAGGACUGCCUGCAGCCAUGGAAGGGAUCAUCCCUGGAGGCAUCCCAGUGACUCACAACCUCCCUACAGUGGCACACCCUUCCCAAGCGCCCUCUCCCAACCAGCCCACAAAACACGGGGACAAUCGAGAGCACCCCAAUGAGCAAUAGCAGAGGACGCCGAGGCCGGAAGGGUUGUAUCUGCCUAAUCCAUGACCAGACUCAAGAAAGCUGACAAUUACCUCAUGUGAUAGUUUAAUUGAAAAUCAAACUUCAUACAAGUCCAAGUCUGUCACUAUCAAAUCAUCUCAUCCUUGAAUAUGAAAAGUGGGUCAAUUCAAGAAACAAAGGUGCUCGUGUUUUUUUACCCCCAAAGCAAAAUUGGCUGGCUCAAGUAAGAAGUGACUCUUGACACCUUCUUUGCCAAUAACAUAAUAAUUGUGAUAUUUACAAAGUGUUGAAAAAUAAUUAAUAGCAGCCAUUUCCAUAGGUUAAGAACUUUAUGUUGAUUUAAUGGAUCUUCCUUUUCAAAUACCAUUAAAUCCUUUGUCGGUUAAGUCCAGCAGUUACAAAUAUCAAACUCCUUUUGGGCCCUUCUCUUCCUAUUAAAAAAAGAAACCAUGGUGUCCUAAAGCUUUCAGCCUGCCUGGCCUUAAUUCCUCCCUCAUUUUAAGGUAUUGGUCCCAUCCCAACUCUGUCAUGAAAACUUAUAUUAAAAAAUUUCCCAUGGAGCAUACAGUUUACUGACCUAUUACUCCAGACAGCAAAGGGAUGAUUUAACAUAUCUUCAUAACCAUGAAAUAUGUGUGGGAAGGAGGCUUAACCAAGCAUACACAUGGAAUAUUUUAACCUUCACAUAUAUUCAUUUUGGGACACGAUGAACCUAAGAGUCAAAAACAUAAAAAGGCAGGUCUGAAUCCAUGGUCCACCUGGGUCUUGUUUAAUUAGAUCUUGGUUGCCCAAACAGUCUUUGGGAAAUGAUCAUAUAUAUAUAUAUAUGUAUAUAUAUAUAAAUUUACUCCAAGGAAAAAACAGGUCAGAACAAAAAACACCACACACUCUUUUCACCCCAGAAAAACAACCAUAAAGUCCAUACAGUUAUUACUAAGUCAAUCAAAAGACAUUCAUGCCUGUCACCCAGCCAUGUAUAAUCUUCAACAAAGGACGAUGUAUUCUAUCUUGGGAUGAUAAUUAUGGCUGUUUAAUAGUUCAAGAGCUUAAUAUAGCAAUGAUUAACCAAAAACUUUGGCCUUUAACAGCCAAUCUACUAUGAAAACCAUUUAAAGCCCCAUUCCUGUUUGUAGCCUAGGAAAUGGAACCACCUAUACAUUCUUUCCCACAGGGAAGAAUACUGUACCUGUCAAAACUAUAUGUGGUCAGGGUCACUGAUAAUAAAUAAAUAAAUAAAGAGGGAACUGGGUGGAAACAACACUCACCAGACCACAACACACAGGAAGAAGCUGAAUACUGAGCCUGUAAUUCUCUGAGCAUCAACCAGAUAUUCUCCCUCUACUAUUAUUUCUCUUUGGCUUCUUCAAUUGGGAGGGCAGAUUUUACUUAACAGGCAUCUAGAACAGGAUCUCGGCCCACUAAGGAUCCCUAGCCGUGGAGAAAGUUCCUACAGAUGCUAAGCAGUCAGAACGGUGGCCUUCGAAUUUUGAUUAUUAACUAUUAACAAAAUGAAAGAA